GCGUCUAAGAUAAAAAGACAAAAACGAGUCUGAGAAUUGAGAGCGGCGGAGUAGUACAAGAAAACGUACGAUUCAAUCGCUUUUACUUACUUUCCAAAAAUCCAUAUUUUUUCUUUUCAUCCCAAUAAAUGCAGUUUCAGAGUUUUUAUAAGAAAUAGGAAAACGAUAUCACCCCGGAAUUUCAAUAUUAAAGUAUUUCUUUCUUUCGUUUUCCAAGUCUCACUGUCUCUUUCUCUUCGUCUGAAGAAAUGGCUUACGUCCCAGCAGAAUACCCAUCAUCAGCUGGAAGAGCGGGUUCGCGUGCGGCGGCUCCAACCAUUUUCGGUCCAACCCACAACCAUGCUUCUGCUGCGCAUCAUAGAAGCCUCUCCGGUAUCACACGUUUGAUUCGAGGGCUUGAUCACGAGGAAACCCGAGAGCAGUCUCUUGACCUUCUUUGCAAGUAUAGACAAGCUCGUGAUGAUUUGGGAAUUUUGUUAUGGAAUUCUUUUGGUACCGUGAAGUUACUUUUACAGGAAAUAACUUCAGUUUACCGUCCACUACUAUCCGGUGGCCUUUCAGAAAGGGCAAUGACACAAGUUUGCAAUGCUAUUGCGCUUCUUCAGUCAGUAGCUUCUCACCCCGAUACAAGGAUGCCAUUUAUCAAAGCUUCUAUCCCGGUGUAUCUUUAUCCCUUCCUGAACACUAUGAACUCUGAAAGGAACUAUGAAUGUUUAAGGCUUACCAGCUUAGGUGUCAUCGGGUCCCUAGCGAAGGUUGACGAUGCAGAAGUGGUUGAUUACCUUCUUUCUACUCAGAUAUUUCCUAGUUGCCUACGCUGCAUGGAGGUUGGCAGAACAUUGUCAAAAACAGUUGCCACAUUUAUAAUUUACAGAAUCUUACUAAAUGAGAAAGGGCUGAAGUAUUGUUUCAUUCUUGCGGAUCGAUAUCUCUCGGUAAGCCACGCUUUGGCAAAAAUGGUUGAAGGACUUGCUGAAGAAGAUGAAAAUUCACCACGCCUGCUAAGAAACAUCAUUGGUUGUUAUCUUAGACUCUCAGAAAACCAAAGGACACGACAACGAUUGUCAACUUACAUUCCUUCAAAGUUAGUAGACAACACAUAUAUUGAUAUCCUUCGAGGUGACCCAGAAGCCAUUGGUAACCUACAACAAUUGAUCUACAAUUUAAAAACUAGCCAGAGGUCUAGACCACAACCUAUAGGCUUGGUCAUUGGGGCCGUUCAUUAG